AUGGACGAGAGCAAACCCCUGAAGGUCCGGCUGGCGUUCUCCGUGAUCCUGGUGGGCAUCUCGCUGCUCUUCGCAGCCCUAGUGACCGACCACUGGGCCGUGCUCAGCCCCAGCGUGGAGGAGAACACCACCACCUGCGAGGCGGCUCAUUUCGGGCUCUGGAGACUCUGCACCAAGCGGAUUUUCAUGCGGGAGCGAAGUCCCAAAGAGAAGAGCUGUGGGCCCAUCAGCCUGCCAGGAGACCACAACUGCUCCUACUUCAAGCACUUCACUCCAGGAGAGACCUCGGAGAUAUUUGAAGUAACCACCCAGAAAGAAUACAGCAUUUCAGCUGCAGCCAUUGCCAUCUUCAGCGUUGGCUUUGCGAUCAUCGGGACAAUCUGUGUCCUCUUGUCCUUCAGGAAGAAGAGGGAUUAUCUGCUGAAGCCAGCAUCCAUGUUCUACACCUUCGCAGGUCUCUGCAUCAUCAUCUCUGUUGAAGUCAUGAGACAAUCCGUGAAGAGGAUGAUUGACAGCAAGGAGACAGCCUGGAUCAAGUACAGUUACUCCUGGUCCUUCGCCUGUGCCUGCGCCUCCUUCGUGCUGCUCUUCGUCUGCGGCAUCGCCCUCCUCCUCAUCGCGCUGCCCCGCUUCCCCCAGAACCCCUGGGAGAGCUGCAUGGAUGCAGAACCGGAGCACUGAUGUUCCCUGCGCCCAUGAAAAACAUCCAGAAAGUGCUCUGAAAAUAUUUGUAUUUUUUAAAUUGUCUGGGUCUCACUACACAACGUGCUCUCCAUCAAGUGAGUCAUUACUGAACCAAGGCAUGUUCAAUUGCAAUUCUUGCUUUCUUUUUCUUUUCCUCUCUUUUUUUUUCCUUUCUUUUUUCUCUCCUUUUUGAUUAUUUUUUUUCUUUUUCUUUUUUUAAGAAAGCAGAAAGACCACUUAACACCAUCAUAGGGGUGUGUGAAUGGCACUGCUCCGUGCCAGUUUGGGGCUGCCCUGUGCUGAUGCAGUUGAGAGGAAAUCUGUGUCUGAGACAGCUCAGGCCACAGAGGAGACAGCUUUGUUAUGAAGAUGUUUGGUGUAGUUGGGCAUAGAUCCAUGAGGGAUAAGGGCUUGUAUACCUUACUUGGUCAGAGAGACACUCUGGGGAGUCAGUGUCCCCAUUCAUGCCAUAUUCCUCUCCUUCCCUCAGAAGGGUUAGCUUGUUUCUCCAGGGUAACUUGGAGAUCCUUAUG